CACACACACCUCUAUGGGGUGAAAAAGAAGGCACAGCAACUAAAAGACAUUUAUAGUCAAACACCGAAUCUCUACACAGAGCACGUGAUCUGGUCAAAAACUGAAUCUCGUCCACAUCGCAUUCCAAUACGGCAAGCAAACGAGAAGCUAAACACGGGUCGCCUUUAAAGAUCCCCACCAGUCUCGACGCGUCACCGGAGCGCAUCCUGAGACGUCAUCGCGGUUGUCGCUCCGCUUGUUUCUGACGGGCCGAGGAGAGGAGCCCGGCUCAAGUGACAUCAGUCGCCUGCUUUUGCCCUCCGGUGCGGCGAAUGUCCCGGAACCGGCGUCGGGACGGAAAAGCUUCGGACCCCGUGCCAGACGAGCCGGCGCCUUCAGCACUACGCGCCGCAGGGGACACGCAUGCUCGGCCUUUCGAUUGUGGGUUGCAGCCUUUCACGUAUGUACAUAUCCAGUUCGUAUUAUAAGCAUGCACAGGACAUGGAAGUGGUCGCUGGAUCGGCGCAGUUCGUCGUUGUAGGAUACGACGCUUGAGCAAACACUACGCGUGGACAUCAGGCCCUGACUAAGCAUGUCUUCACCAUCCACGUCCCCACCCUGCCGUUUCCUGGUCCUUUUUGAUUUUGACGAGACUAUCAUCCACGAGAGCAGUGACGAUGCCAUGGUCCGCAUCGCUCCGGGCCCGGCCCCGCCCAAUUGGCUGAGGGAGGGCUUCCGACCCGGCUGCUACCACGCCCACAUGUGUCAAGUCCUGGCCUACCUGGGCGAGCACGGCGUGCGCGAGGACGGCAUCCGUGCGGCGAUCGAGGGCAUCGCGCCCACCCCGGGCAUGCCUGUGCUUUUCGCCUUCCUGCGCGAGCGCCCGCAGGACUUCGAGUGCGCCGUAAUCUCCGACGCCAACGCCUACUUCAUCGACACGUGGCUGCGUAGGGCGGGCGUGCGCCAGCUGUUCGCCGAGGUCCUGACCAACCCGGCGAGCUUCAGCGCCAACGGGCACCUGCUGCUGCGGCCCUUCCAUGCCCACGCGUGCCCGCGCUGCCCCAAGAACAUGUGCAAGCAGACGAUCCUGAGGGACUACCUCGCCCGCCGCACCCACGAGAGGGGCGUGUCCUUCCAGAGGGUCUUCUACGUGGGGGACGGUGACAACGACAUCUGUCCCACGCUGGCGUUGGGCCACAGGGACACGGCCUGUCCCAGGAGAGGGUUUCCCAUGCACCACAUCCUCCAGGAGAUGCAGGCAAGCCAGCCCGGAGCCUGCCAGGCCACAGUGCUGCCCUGGGCCAAUGGGGAGGAUGUGGUGGACUGCCUGCAGAAGGCUGUGGGGGAGAGGUGAGCAUGGGAGAAUGAGGGCGAGAGAGCAGGAGGGAAAGAGAGAGAGAGAGAGAGGAAGGAGAUACAAAAGGAGAGAGAGAGAAGGAGAAGAAAAGAGUUCAAAUUACAGGCAUGGCUGGACACCACACACACCAGCAAGCAGGGACAUGAGACAGGCUCGGCCUCACCCAAUCUGACGGAUGGCAAACAGGAGACCGACUCAUUGCAAUAAAGAACACUGGCAUGUAUAAAACAUUAGCAAGAGUGUUGAAUGCCGCUCUCGGGAAGAUAUGCAAAUGGCUUCGUAACAGAGGCAUGGUGCAUUACAAGGGUGCUAAGUCAUGAGUAAAGUUCUAGUGAAGUGGUACUGUCACAGUGCACAAAAUAUCACCAAGACAUCAUCUACUACACAGAUAUAACCAAGAUAUAUAAUCAGCAGCACUGCACGAGCUUCAACACAAGUUCUUUGUACGUGCAGUACUCACAUACGACAGCUGACCUCUGAAGUCUUAACACACACACACACACACACGCACACAC